AAUCCUUCAGAUGAGAAAGUAGUGUUUCCUCUUUCCUUUGUGCGGGACCAACCCUAGCCAAGGAAUCCUUCUCCGACCUCCUCCUUUCCCCCCUCCCCUCCCUUCCUCUUCCCAGCGUGGCGAGAAUAAAGCUCACAGUUCUACCUGCCAAGCAAGCCGGGUGGAAAGAGGCAAAGGCCAGGCUGAGGACCAGGGCGGCCCAGGGCGCAGAGCUGAGGUGCUUCAUGCUGAGGAGAGAGGCUUCUGUGAUCACGGUCCCCGCAGAGGCGAGCUGAGGGCCGCCUGCCAUGCGCCCUGUGUGUGGCCCGUCUGGCAGGAACUUGAAAACAACGCUGGCAGAGGCAUAGUGCUGGAUUCCCUAGUCAUCCUGCCCAGUAUUUACCGAGCGCCUACUGCAUGCACCACCCUCUGCUCAAGUCUGGAAAUACCUGCCCUCCAAGUGCUUUAUUACAAACACACAUCAUUAAAGCACAGAGCAGUGUUUCAGGAGUGAAGGACAAAGCACUUUGCUUCUCAGCAGUAAGAGGCCUCACCUCCUGAUGGCUGCUUCAUGAGGAAGAUGGCAUUUGGGUUGCGCCUUGAAGGACGGAUAGGGUUUUGACAGGCAAAGAGGAGAAAAGGGCAUCGUAUGCAGAAGGGACAGCCUCUGCUCUUGAGGUGCCCAACGUGUAUAACAGAAAGUGCAGACAAACCCAAGAAUGUCAGGACAAGAAGAAGACUAGAAAUAAGACACGGGAAAAACAACAACGGCAACAACAUGGAAUCUCAACGUUGACAAGGCACCUAGAGACCGCCUGGCCCAAUCCUUAACCCCACUUUCUCUGUUAGAGCCUGUUGUGAAGGCUCGUGGAUGGUGAGCUCAGUGCCUGGCCUGUGGUGGACGAGUGCUAGCCGCUGACUUCCCAAGUCCACAGUCUACUUUGAAUUCUGAACCUUUCAUUCCACUGAAUGACUCCUGGGCACCAGGACCUUUGCGAGCUACUGUUCCACCCACUGACCGGAAGACACAGCGCUCCCAGCUGGGGUGAAGAGCAGAACGGAGAGCCGCCUCCCGGCCUCUGCGGGCGCCCGGGGAGGAGAAGCCGCAGGAGGGGCUCGGCCGUCGCCGCAGGGAGGUCGCCUGCGGAGUCCCCGGCCGGGCUGGUCCCAUCCGGCCCGCCGCUCGCCAGCCCGACACACCCGGCCCGGCCGCUGCGGCCCGCGCUGCCUGCUCGGGGUCCGGCGAAGGAAGCCGCGGGAGACCCGCGCCCAGGACCUGCUCGGACAAGGCUGGACCAAGGCUGGGUCAAGAUGGCGUCCGUAUUCCGAAGUGAGGAGAUGUGUUUGUCACAGCUCUUCCUCCAGGUUGAGGCUGCAUAUUGCUGUGUAGCUGAGCUUGGAGAGCUUGGAUUGGUUCAGUUCAAAGACUUAAAUGUGAACGAGAGCCGCUUCCAAAGGAAAUUUGUGAAUGAAGUCAGAAGGUGUGAAUCGCUGGAGAGAAUCCUCCGUUUUCUGGAAGAUCAGAUGCAAAAUGAGAUUGAGAUUCAGGUGCCUGAGAAGUCCCCGUCGACCCCUCUCCCACGGGAAAUGAUUACCCUGGAGACUGCUCUAGAAAAACUGGAAGGAGAGUUACAGGAAGCCAAUCAGAACUAUCAGGCUUUGAAGAAAAGCUUCCUAGAGCUGACUGAAUUCAAACAUCUCCUGAAGAAAACCCAGGACUUCUUUGAGACGGAAACCAAUUUAGCUGAUGAUUUCUUUAUGGAAGACACUUCUGGUCUCCUGGAGUUAAGACCUACACCUGCAUACAUGAGUGGAAAGCUGGGGUUCACGGCUGGUGUGGUCAACCGGGAGAGGAUGGCUUCCUUUGAGAGGCUGCUGUGGCGAAUUUGCCGAGGAAACAUCUACUUAAAGUUCAGUGAGAUGGACACAGUUCUGGAAGAUCCCGUUACAAGAGAAGAAAUUAAAAAGAAUAUAUUCAUCAUAUUUUAUCAAGGAGAGCAGCUCAGGCAGAAAAUCAAGAAGAUUUGUGAUGGGUUUCGAGCCACCACAUACCCCUGCCCAGAGCCGGUGUCGGAGCGCAGAGAGAUGCUGGAUGGUGUCAACAUGAGGCUGGAAGAUUUAAUCACCGUCAUAACACAGACAGAGUCUCACCGUCAGCGCCUCCUGCAAGAAGCAGCUGCCAACUGGCACUCCUGGGUCAUCAAAGUGCACAAGAUGAAGGCCAUUUACCACAUUCUGAACAUGUGCAACAUCGACGUCACCCAGCAGUGCAUCAUCGCUGAGAUCUGGUUCCCGGUGGCAGACACUGUGCGCAUCAGGAGGGCAUUGGAGCAAGGCAUGGAACUAAGUGGCUCCUCCAUGGUCCCCAUCAUGACAGCAGUGCAAUCUAAAAGAGCUCCUCCCACGUUUAACAGGACCAAUAAAUUCACAGCUGGCUUCCAGAAUAUUGUAGAUGCAUAUGGUGUAGGCAGUUACCGGGAGAUGAACCCAGCUCCCUACACCAUCAUCACUUUCCCCUUCCUGUUCGCUGUGAUGUUUGGAGACUGUGGUCACGGAAUUGUGAUGCUACUGGCAGCCCUUUGGAUGGUCCUUAAUGAGAGACGCUUGCUGUCCCAGAAGACGACCAAUGAGAUUUGGAACACCUUCUUCCACGGGCGCUACCUCCUCCUCCUCAUGGGCAUCUUCUCCAUCUACACGGGCUUGAUUUACAACGACUGCUUCUCCAAGUCUUUCAACAUCUUCGGUUCUUCUUGGAGCGUCCAACCCAUGUUCAGAAAUGGCACAUGGAAUACACAAGUAAUGGAAACAAAUCCACAUUUACAGCUGGACCCAGCCGUUCCGGGAGUGUACUCUGGAAAUCCAUACCCUUUUGGGAUUGAUCCGAUUUGGAACUUGGCUUCAAACAAGCUAACAUUCUUGAACUCCUAUAAGAUGAAGAUGUCAGUUAUCCUGGGAAUUGUCCAGAUGGUUUUUGGUGUCAUUCUCAGCCUUUUCAAUCACAUAUUCUUCAGAAACACUCUCAACAUCAUUCUGCAGUUCAUCCCUGAGAUGAUUUUUAUCCUGUGUCUUUUUGGAUACCUGGUUUUCAUGAUCAUUUUCAAAUGGUGCUCCUUCGACGUCUCUGUGUCCCGGCGAGCCCCAAGCAUCCUCAUCCACUUCAUCAACAUGUUCCUGUUUAACUAUAAUGACCCUUCAAAUGCACCCCUAUACAAACAUCAGCAAGAAGUCCAAAGCUUCUUUGUUAUUAUGGCUUUGAUUUCUGUGCCGUGGAUGCUUCUGAUUAAGCCGUUUAUUCUUAGAGCCAGUCAUCAGAAAUCCCAGCUGCAGGCCUCCAGGAUCCAAGAAGAUGCCACCGAGGACAUUGAAGGUGACAACGCCAAUCCUUCUGUGAGCCCUGGUCACAGGGCUUCUGCAGGUGCCCAUGGGGCUCAGGAUGACCAUGAUGAAGAGUUCAACUUUGGAGACAUCUUUGUGCAUCAGGCCAUCCACACGAUUGAGUACUGCCUGGGCUGCAUUUCCAACACAGCCUCCUACCUCCGGCUCUGGGCCCUCAGCCUGGCACAUGCACAACUGUCUGAAGUGCUCUGGACCAUGGUGAUGAACAUUGGCCUUCGCGUGCAAGGCUGGGGAGGACUCAUUGGGGUCUUCAUCAUUUUUGCCCUAUUUGCUGUUCUGACGGUAGCCAUCCUUCUGAUCAUGGAGGGCCUCUCCGCUUUCCUGCACGCCCUGCGGCUGCACUGGGUGGAGUUCCAGAACAAGUUCUACGUCGGGGCUGGUUACAAGUUUUCUCCAUUCUCCUUUAAACAAAUCCUGGAUGGGACAGCUGAGCAGUAGCUGUACGUCUGGUGGCUGCAGCCACCUCUUCCAUCGGUCACCUCCUGCACCAGCCUCUGUGCCAAUGGAAGAAGUUUCGUCUUGUCUUUAACGUCAGCCUGCAUAAGACAGUCAAUGGAAUGAUUGUUCUCGCUAACCGGAGGGAGGAAGCCAUGUAAUGUAUCUGUAAGCCUUGGGAUUUGAUAUGACUUAACCAUGUCGUAGAGAGACUACAUAGGCAAGUCAUUUCAACCUCAUGAGGGGUCUUAAUUGUCAAAUCCUAGAAUGAUUGAGAAAUGGGGAGAGGGGAGUGCCAAACUGAGGUUUUCUUGUAAUUAAACUUCUGGGCCAUUCACUUUGUUA